AUGUCUCAGCGAGCCUCCCUUGCUUGCUGUUCCUUCUUGUCCUCAUUCUCCAUCUCUUCCUCCAGUCAUGGGCCUUCUGGACGACCUUCAAGUCCUCGGCGCACUCCUGGGUCGCUGUUCAGUGUGGCAGCUGCCGCAGUAGCUGUCACCCCCGAAUACAGCCUCGACAGCGACCAGACUGUGGAACUCGUCCAGGUCACCGAGGCUCCGUCCUUUUACAAUGGCUUCAUCAUCUUUGCGGUGCAGACAAAACGGCAGGAGAUUGAUUGUACUGUCUGGAUGGGGGAGAUGUGGCUCCAGUUGGAUGACUUCAAGGAUGCGCUCAAUGGGUAUCUUCUCGACGGCGACAUCUCCGCAUACAAAGAUGGUCUGACAGACCGGAUUGUGCAUCACCCUCUGACACGUACAAAGCGUCAUAUCCGCACCAAGCCUGCAAGUUACUGCAUCCCCAGGCAUAUCUGGGGCUUUCUAGCCAACCAGAAGUUUCGCUCCCACAUCAGCAACAUCCUCUCUGGCCUGAGGUCCGAUAUCAAGACCAAGCUUGGCAGCAAGGAGAACUGGAAGAGUGACCUCUACACUGUCAUUCAAUCCCUCAUCGGCGGCAACAACACUCGCACGCACUCCAAAAUCACAAUCACCCUGCAGAUGUGGGGUCAUGUGGCAUGGCUUUAUUACACACUCAAAGAACAUGAGAAGUUUGUCAAGAAAGGGCAGAAGAAAGACAGGGAUUUCUGGGAUGAUACUGACGCCGAGCUUCGUGACAUCCGGUUCCAGUACUCCAUGUACGAGGAGCCAGUAAGGUCACAAAAAAUCAGUGUUAUCUUUACCCUCUGUCUUGAGAAGCACAAGGCUGAGAAGAAGCCUAAGAAGAAUGCAAAGCUGGUCCCGGACACCUUCCCCAUCUCCUCGUGGCAGCGGCAGCUUCAGGCUGCCAUCGAGGAGAUGAACGGGUAUGAUGUCGAGGAGAUGGCCAUGCUCAUGCAAGGCACCACUGUCGAUGCUUGUUCUCUCGAAGAGAUCGAUGCAGACAUCGAGGCUGAGUGUGUCGAGCGCACCAAGCGCGCUGCACGUCGUGACCAGGCUGAAGACAAGGCCGAGGACCAGGCUGAGGGUGCGGCCGCUGGUACUUGA